CUUCCUUUGAGUUACUGCGUAUCUUUAAUGAUGUUAUAUCUGCUAUGUUUACUCACUCAAGGUUAAAUUAGAGAAAAUGAAGUUUGUUGAGCUUCUAAUGUGGCAAUUCACUUCUGCUUAUUGUAGGGACAUGUUAGUCAAGAUGUUGGUUUCCUUUGUUUCCUGGUAUUUAUUAGUCUUUAUAAGCCCCCUCAUUAAUCUAUACUAUUUUUAAGGCUGAUUGUAACUUCUUUCUUUGUGUAGAUUUCUGCAUUCUAAAGGAAAAAUAAGCUUGGUGGCAGUUCAGCUACACUCUAGAUUAAUUCUGAUUACAUAUAUCGUCUUUGGACUUUGUAUGCUGGCCUCCUCUGUCUUUUGCCCUUACUACAUAUUAGGUUGGUGUGGAAAUUAAAACAACACGAAUAUUUUGACUGGGGCUUUGAGCAAGCAAAUGCAAAAAAGUCACAUAAAUAAGAUCCCUAACAGUCAUUUCUCAGCAAUUAUAUAGUCAACUGAUGUAACAAUGGUCCUAAUAUUGGGGCGAAGACUAAACAGAGAGGAUCUCGGGGUGCGUGAUUCCCCAGCAACUAAGCGUAAAGUUUUUGAAAUGGACCCGAAAUCUCUGACAGGCCAUGAGUUUUUUGACUUCUCUUCAGGAUCAUCCCAUGCUGAAAAUAUUCUCCAAAUAUUUAAUGAAUUCCGAGAUAGCCGCUUAUUCACAGAUGUUAUCAUUUGUGUGGAAGGAAGAGAAUUUCCUUGCCAUAGAGCUGUUCUCUCAGCCUGUAGUAGCUACUUCAGAGCUAUGUUUUGUAAUGACCACAGGGAAAGCCGAGAAAUGUUGGUUGAAAUCAACGGUAUUUUAGCUGAAGCUAUGGAAUGUUUUUUGCAGUAUGUUUAUACUGGAAAAGUAAAGAUCACUACAGAGAAUGUACAGUAUCUGUUUGAAACAUCAAGCCUCUUUCAGAUCAGUGUUCUCCGUGAUGCAUGUGCCAAGUUCUUGGAGGAGCAACUUGAUCCUUGUAAUUGCUUAGGAAUCCAGCGUUUUGCUGAUACCCAUUCACUCAAAACACUCUUCACAAAGUGCAAGAAUUUUGCAUUACAGACUUUUGAGGAUGUGUCCCAACAUGAAGAAUUUCUUGAGCUUGACAAAGAUGAACUUAUUGAUUAUAUUUGUAGUGAUGAACUUGCUAUUAGUAAAGAAGAGAUGGUUUUUGAGGCUGUAAUGCGUUGGGUCUAUCAUGCUGUUGAUCUGAGAAGACCACUGUUACAUGAGCUCCUGACACAUGUGAGACUCCCUCUAUUGCAUCCCAACUACUUCGUUCAAACAGUUGAGGUGGACCAAUUGAUCCAAAAUUCUCCUGAGUGUUAUCAAUUGUUGCAUGAAGCAAGACGGUACCACAUACUUGGGAAUGAAAUGAUGUCCCCAAGGACUAGGCCCCGAAGGUCAACUGGCUAUUCAGAGGUGAUAGUUGUCGUUGGAGGCUGUGAACGAGUUGGAGGAUUUAAUCUCCCAUACACUGAGUGUUAUGAUCCUGUGACAGGAGAAUGGAAGUCUUUGGCUAAGCUUCCAGAAUUUACCAAAUCAGAGUAUGCAGUCUGUGCUCUAAGGAAUGACAUUCUUGUUUCAGGUGGAAGAAUCAAUGGCCGUGAUGUCUGGAUUUAUAAUUCACAGUUAAACAUUUGGAUCAGAGUUGCUUCUCUAAAUAAAGGCAGAUGGCGUCACAAAAUGGCUGUCCUCCUUGGUAAAGUGUAUGUUGUUGGAGGCUAUGAUGGGCAGAACAGACUGAGCAGUGUAGAAUGUUAUGAUUCCUUUUCAAAUCGAUGGACUGAAGUUGCUCCCCUUAAGGAAGCAGUGAGUUCUCCUGCUGUGACUAGCUGUGUAGGCAAAUUGUUUGUGAUUGGUGGAGGACCUGAUGAUAAUACUUGUUCUGACAAGGUUCAAUCUUACGAUCCAGAAACCAACUCUUGGCUACUUCGUGCAGCUAUUCCAAUUGCUAAGAGGUGUAUAACAGCUGUAUCCUUAAACAACCUGAUAUAUGUUGCUGGUGGACUGACCAAGGCAAUAUAUUGUUAUGAUCCAGUUGAAGAUUACUGGAUGCACGUACAGAACACAUUCAGCCGGCAGGAAAACUGUGGUAUGUCUGUGUGCAAUGGUAAAAUAUAUAUCCUGGGUGGAAGACGGGAAAAUGGAGAAGCCACGGACACUAUUCUCUGUUACGAUCCUGCAACAAGCAUCAUCACAGGGGUAGCUGCAAUGCCCAGGCCAGUGUCCUAUCAUGGCUGUGUGACUAUUCACAGAUACAACGAGAAAUGCUUUAAACUCUAAAGCCAGGAUACUUCACCCAAGAAGCCACACCCAUCCAAGAUGAGAGGUUUUAAACGCUCCAGAGUAGGAACUUGGCAUAUCUCCUUUGUGUCAUAUGCACAAAAAGUUAAAAUAAUACAUGUGGUGCCUUUCUCCCCAAAAUACCAGUCUUUCAAACUGUAAUAAAUCCUUUCCUGUUAUUGGGAAAAAAAAAAAAGGUUUUGGUUUUUGUUGAAGGUAAUAGUGGUGUUGCUUGGGCUUUGAAUGUAUCUUUGUAAAUAUUUGUGAGAAACCUAUGUGGAAUAGGAAAGAAUGUCUGUAUGUAUACCUUUUAGGAAUUUGUGAAUGGUCUCUUCAUUUAUGUAUGUUUAUCUGCAAGACUGUAUACUCUUUACUUUGUCAUAUAUACCUAUAGAAAAGUGCACAACUUAAUGCUUCAUUUAGGUUGAAUCACAUAGUGCUUAGAACGCAUUCUAAGGAGGAAAAAUCAGUUUUAAAAAUCUUUUGUCAUUAAAAAUAUAUCCAAACUGAUUGACUUUAUUGAAAGGGAUUUUUUUCCUGUAAUUGAUAAAAAUGUGAUGACAGCGAUCUGAGUAAAAUACUGAAUUAUUCAUUCUUAGAAUUGCUGUACUAUAUUAAACGAUUUUGAGAAGAGGUUGGGAAGGAGGUAGAAAAGCAGAUGCCGUUAAAAAGAACAGGUUAAUUCCUAAGAAAAAAUUACUUAAGUUCCAUUGAAGGGAAAAUGACUCACUGUGGAUCUCAAAGUAUUUGCGUAUCAUCUCUAAAUCCUCUAAGGAAGUUCCUUUUCAUGAACCUGGGCAAAGGAGUUGAAAUCCAUUUUGCAAUGUUAUCUUUUGAAAAACAGGGACAGAUUUUCUCCCUAUCCCAGGAGGGUUCGACCUCAUUAAUAUGGUGCUUUGGGUGAGGACCUCUUCCCUGGUUAUCCUACUUUCAUGUGAACAGCUAAAAAUCCUGGGAGUUUCUACUGUUAAGUUGCCUUUAAAGGAUAAACCAGGGACCACCUAGUUCAAUGGGUCUAUUUUUCUUUUAAAAGUAACUGUCUGAAUGAACUAACAGCAGUAGUUGCAGUCUUCUAAGAGAAAUCUUUCAUUUGGCCAACACUUUCAAGCUUCUAUACAACAAAUUGCCUUUGUCUAGAUUUUUCAACUCCAGUUUAUAAAGCUUGCUAGUUCUUAGAGAUGAAUUUAAAAUGUUUUUUUCUAUGGUAAAUGGAGUAGCAGAAACUACAGCGUAAGUGACUGGUUUAUUCCCGGGUAGACUGAUGUAAAUUACAACAUUUUAGGGCUAUUCCAGGUAGCCUGCCAUAUGUUUCAACUUCCCAGGCACUACUGACAUCUCACAUUAUAAUUAAUAUACUUCUUGUCAUAGGAGAGAUGAUGCAAAUAUGUGAUUAUAUUGUCAUCACAGUUCUGUUGAAAUCAAGAUAGUAAUCAGAAACUUAACAUUGAUGAACUUUUUUUAAUGCUAGAAUGGUAACAGAUUUCAAAUAAACUGUAUGGCAUCAACUUGAAUGCUUAGCUGGAAUCUGAAUUCUGAGGAAAACUCUAAAACAAUUUACAAAUUUUUAGGGAAUUUUUACUUUUCAAAUAAUAAUUUUUAAUGAUAUAUAUACCUUUCUGUAAUAAUUUUCAGAGCAAUUCCUAAAACAAUUUUCUAUCACUUUAGUUGAAAGGCAAUUGUGUGUACAAUUAGGAUACUUGUAUUACUGUUUGAGUAUACAUCUACUUUUGCAUUAUACCUUUAGAGUAGGACCUGUUUAGUUUAGAAAUUCUUUUCGGUAAAUGAGGUAAUAUAUGAGAAAAGUAUGAAUGCUGAGGAUUAUACAAAUGAUACUUGUUACUUUUAUGUUUAUUUGUAAAAUCAUGCCCAUUUUUUAUGUGAAAUACAAACAUUUCACAUAAAACAUUUUCUCAAGGUAACCUGUAUUCCAGUAGUUUUGUCUAUUGUAAAUAUAUAUUAACUAUUGUAGUUUGUUAUUCAUUUAUUUGUAAUAUCCAUGUGUUCAUUGUAGUAAUUUGAAAUUAAAUUCAAUAGAACAGAAUUUGUUUAAACAUAGAACUCAUACCACUAUUGUUUAAUUUUUUUCUUUACGUAAUUUAAAACUACAUAAAUUAAGUUGGCCACCAAGAACUUAGCUUGAAUACUAGGAAAUUUUAAAACUAUUUUUUAAGUUACCCAAAUGAUAUUUUAAUUUCCUUUAAUUAUUUAUCUUCCUUUACUCAUUUUUGGUAAAUAAUGAUAUUGGCAUUGAUAAAAUUAAAAAAAAAAUGUAGGAUAUAAUUAGUAUGUCAAAAGGGAUAUAUCAACCAAAUUUGUGUCAGAUUAUAUUCAUACUGUCAUCAUAUAGUCAAUUUUUCUUUUGAUAGGUCACAUUCAUAUAAGCCUUUGGGUUAAUGUGUAUGUAUAUAGAUAGAUAGUAUGCUCAUGUACACACACAUAUACAGACUCCAAGAAUUGUAUCAGUUUAUAAUGAUCAGAAAAAAGCACAUAAGUUAAAAAUUAAUCCUCCUUAUUAAGUACAAUUUCAAAAGAUUUUUUAUUUGGGCAUUUCUAGAAUACAUUCUUACAUUUGAAUGUACAUGAUGAGUAUUAUCCUAUAUAAUCAGAAUCUAUGUAAUACAUACAGUUUUACAAGGUCAGAAAACAAAUUGGAGGUGGAGAUGCAUUUGCUAAACCUACGCAGUGGGAAAGGGAAUUGAAGGGUGUGUUUUGUGGAUCAACAAAAAAGUACAAUUUCUUUUUUUCAUAAACUUCAGUCUUUCUCCAUGUGUUCCUGUAUGAAAGUGAGCUAUUGAGUGCUGUAAUUUUCACCACAGAAGACCUUCUUUUUCUACUCUAAUGUUCCCCUGACUUUACUACAGAGGUAUGAAAUGGUAGCCUAUUGGAUUUUAAGUAACUUUUUUUUUUUCCCCAGAAGACUGAAAUGUAGGUAUUUACUCCAUUUAAAGAAGAUGUUAAGAAAAAUGAUGUAAAUACUCAGGGAGGGUAUUAAGUUAUCAUUUUUGCUUAUGGGGGGGUUAAAGUGUCAUAAUUUAGUAAUCUUCAGUUCAUUUUAGAGUAAAUCUAAUUUGGUAAAGAGACUUCACACAUGGCAGUGGUUGAACAUUCAUUCUUUUAUAUUUAGAAAGAUGAAAAUGUUUUGUGGACUGAUACAUUUUCUCUUAGUGAAUAUGAAUUGUUGAUAUAUCUCAACUGUCAAAUACCCUUUUUGAAACUCAGGAAAGACAAAGGUUCCAUUAUACUACUUUUGUCAAUAUGUAAACCAGGUGUAUUUUGUUUUCUUCUUAUUGUCUGGAUAUGGCAAUAGAUUUUUUUAAUUGCUGUGAGAACCCAUACAUGAAAAGGGAGGGAUUGAAUUGUUUGUGUGCCUGUUGUGUCUUGAGAUUUAAAUAUGGAAAAGACAUCUAUUCCAGACUGUAUUUUCUAAGAAGAAUGAUUGCUAUAUAUGUGGUGCCAGAUGAUAAGAUGGUAUCUAUUAAAGGCUUCCUAUGGACUGCCUUUAUUUUAGUAAACUCAAGACACCAGUUAACCUCAACAUAAUUUGGGCCUUAUUAGAAUUUGUUGUGUAUUAUAUUGAAAGGCAAGUUUACAUCACCUCACUCCAUUGUUUUUUUAGUUAAAUAAAUAUAUUCACUAUAACAUGUAACCAGAAUGAGGCAAUUUGGUUGACCUUUAAGGCAGUAGAUUUGACUAGCUAGCUAUGCGUAUUGUCAUAUCUAAUGCUAGACACCAGAAACCACUUGAGCCAGGAGUGUGAAUUGAUAAUUCCAGAGAUCUUUUUAACAUACUUCAAAUAUUUUUAAAUGUUUUAUGUGAAUGUUUUACAUUUGUGUGAUUGCCUAUUAAAUUUACUUAGUGCUAAAGAUCAUCAUAAUUUCGUUAAAUAGCAGUAGUCAUAACUUAUUUUAUAUAUUGUCCCAAAGAAAAGGAUUUUAAUUGUUUUAAAAAGAACUGCAUCUGAAUUCAUGCCUUAAGUUUUCUAGUGCUAUUUCAACUUUUUUCAAUCUAAAUAAAGCUUACCUUAGAAAAGUUUCAUAAUUUGUUUCCUUUCGAGUAAAUAAACUUCAAUUUUGUUUUCAUUUCAGUCCUCCUUAAGUUUUUUAAUUAGCACCAACUGUGUGGUUGCUUGACCGAAUGAGAAUGUUAAGAAAGGUUGUUGGGUGUUUGGAGUUUUAUUAUUAUUUUUUGUGGGGAUUUUUGUUGGGGUUUUUUUGUUUGUUUGUUUUUGGUACUUUUUAAGAUAUUCAGAAAAGUACCCAUCUUACAUUAAUAAGCCCUUGUAAACAUCACUUGCAAUUAUGUACAUCUAAUGUCAAAAAUAGUAAAUCUGUUUUUGUUCCAUUAUGUAGUAUUUUUUUUCUUACACCCUUUUUCAAUUAACUUUCUUGGAAAAAUUCUUAAACUCUUCCUUUUCCCGUCACCCAUCCCAUGGUUUCUUUAUUUAAAUUUUUGUUGAAAGUUUCUGGAGCUGAGACAACACAAUUACAGAACUGAACAAAAGUGUAACAUGCUUUGGAACAUACAGACCUGUGGCUGCCAAAUGUCAUUUGCCUUCAGUUAGAGUCUUCACAGUGGGAAAGGGGUAAAAAGGCUUUGUAUUUUUUUGUUCUCAAUUCAGUUGUAGCACAUUAAUACUUACAUGUUUUGUUUAAAUAUACUUUGUGCAUAGCAUUUUUUAAAAGUUGUAUCUAAUAAUAUGUCUUUUAACCAUUAUUACUUAAUGGUUGUAUUAAAUUUUGUUUACCAAAAA